CGCUGCACACGCGCUCCGUCAUUUCAGUGGGAGUGAGCUUGUUCUUGUGGGCAAACCCUGCUGGGAAGACACUCAUCAUUUUCUGAGUGAUUAGACCAACAGACCGGACGCAUGCCAGUGGCUUAAUAGACAACCAUUUUACUCACUUGCAAUUAGAAAAGCUGUUGACAUCGCAGAUGACCCUAAGAGGGGCACGGGCACCAAAACAGCCAGGAGAAAACCGAACGUGCCCCCACUCCCCGCGAGUCCUUACGCGCGCCCUCCAUCGUCAGACGGCGAAUCACGGGAGCAGCAAAGCGCCGGCGCGCGCCAUUCGAGCGCGCAUACACAGACACACACACACACACACACACACACACACACACACACACACACACACACACACACACACACACAGUCCGUCAGUGCCUGGGAUUGGGCGGAGAGUGUGGUGGCUGAGGACGGAGUUACGGGAUUGGUAGAGUUCAGCGCCAAAGUUGUUGACUCAUAACCGAGCGGGCUCCCUCUCCCAUCUCUUCACGGCGCGGAGCUGUCCACGGGCCAGUGGUGCUGAAACUACCAGCGCCGUUGGAGAUUUUAAUCCCCCCCCCCCCCCCCCCCCCCCCCUAUCACGGUUUGAUCGCUCCCAUCGAACCUUUUUUUUUUUUUUUUGGAAAGUUACACGCGUGUCGGUUUGAGCGUCACUUGACGGAUAUUCAUCCGCCGCCGCCGCUCUAUCCGAAGAGCGCAUCGCCUUCAACUUCUCGGCCGAUCCAAAAAAUAAGAGGACUCUCCGAGAGGUGCAGCCAUGGCUUUCAUGGUGAAACACGUGGUGGGGGGGCAGCUGAAGAACCUGACGGGCGGACUGGGGGGGGAGGAGAAACCCGAAGCGGAGAAGACGGACGCCGCCGCGCAGGGGAUGACUCAAGAGGAAUUUGAACAGUACCAGCAACAGUUAGAGGAGGAAAAACAAGAACGAGAAGCCAAUUUUGCCCAGAAGAAAGCAGAGAGAGCCACCAUUAGAAGUCAUUUCCGGGAUAAGUACAGACUACCAAAGAACGAGAUGGACGAGACCCAGAUCCAGCAGGCGGGGGACGACGUGGUGCUGCCCACGGAGCUGGCCAAGAUGAUCGCCGAGGACAACCAGGAGGAGACGCACAAGCAGUCGGUCCUGGGCCAGCUGUCCAACAUCCAGAACGUGGACAUCGACCAGCUGAAGGACAAAGCCCAGGCCACUCUGGAAGACCUCAAAAAGCAGACGGAGAAUUGCAGUCUCAUGUGAUCCAUCCAGCUCUCAAGUCCCAGGAGAUUAGAGUUUUACUUGUGCAAAUAUUUUUCAGAGGCAGAGCUAUACUCUGGAGGCAGACGUAUCCUUAUUGCUUUAAGAGGAGUGUCAGUGAGCAGAGCCACAUAGUAACUGUAGACGGAGAGCCUGCAGAAAAGAAAAGGGUUCGUCUUAUUAGUUCAGUUAGCUUUCCUGUUGACCUUCAGACUUCUUAACAGUCACAACUGUCAUCCGCAUUUUUCUUGAAAUUAGCCAACUUGCACUCUAAAAGAUGUAUUCGGCUCUUUCCAUUGAGAUUUAACCGACGAGAUUAAUUCUGCCUUUAGAGCAACUCCUCCUCUGAGAAAUAUGAAUCUAUUAAAUCCUUUGCUCCCUUCAUUCCCUAACCUGCCCCUGGCUCUCUGUACCUCACGUGUCCAGUGAUAACACAAUGGUAUUCUAAAGAGAGGUUUCAGGUGUGUGGUUUAUAUUCCACGUACAAAACCAUUUACGAGCAACAACUGAGGCUGAUUUUUGUCAUAAGUAGCUUACUGAUGUUGGCCCCCUGGUGUCCUGAUUAAAGCUCCCUGUGAGCUGCAUUCAUCUUAUUUUUUUUUCCUAGACAUAUCAUUAUAAAGUUGUUGUUUUUUUUUAGCUUUUUCUGUACUUCAGCGUGCCUUGGACGUCCGUACAAGGUUGUCUUCUCCAGAGCUCCAACAUCUGUAAGCUACUUUUUUAUGAGGACGGGCCUUUUUGUUUGUUGCAGUAGAUUUCUUACUUUUAGUUUCAUUAAGAGCAACAAAUAUUUAGUGAGCAGGACAAAACUGUGUGCUGCAUUUUGUAUGUAGUAUUUGAAUUUACAGUUUAAGUGUGUACAAUAACUGUCCUCCCGAGAUUGAAUUUAGCAUCAAUAACAAAGGGAGCAAAUCUGUGUUUGUGCUGCAUCCAGAGGUUAAAGGGACAGCUCACCCCAAACAUUUAAAAACACGUAUAUAUUGCCUCUUACCUGUAGUGUGUGUUGAGUUUUUCCAAGUAUGUUUUUUGGCCCUUCAAGCGCCACAAGGCAGACAUCUCUACGACCGAUAUCUCCAAAACUAGGCAGACUGAAAAAUAGCUCUACAAGUAAGUCAAAGUAUGUAUUUUUGAUAUUAGGGUGAACUGUCCCUUUAAAAAAAUAAAAUAAAGCUGCUCAGAUGAAAGACGUGUAAAUGCUUUAGAAGUCGUAUGGCAAAGCCUUCGUUGAAAACUCUUUGACCAACAUGAAGGAAAAUGGCCCCAAAUAUGUCCAACAUGUGUAACUGUGGCGUGAGUAUAAAUCCACAUACAAGUAUUUAUGUUGUGUGAGACGUAAAACGUAUAUCUGCUGUUUGCCCGUGCCGUCGACAGCGGGUCGCUCUUCGCUCCAUUUUUUUCCGCCAACUUCCCCGAGGUCUUCACAGUAUUGACCUUCGACCAGUUCCUCCAUCUGAGUCCCAGUGGUGCCGUGUUGUGUGCUGGUGGAUUCGUGUUGUUUAGCCGAUGUAAUGCGUCCAGUGGUGUCUUUUGUAACUCGGUAUUCUGUCUGUGUUGGUUUCUAGUCAAACGUGAGCCAAGCAAGAGGGAAUGGGGGGGAUGUUGUUGAUGUUGUGUCACAUCCACGUACGCUACAUUUUUGACCGUGUUUGAUUUUAUUGUAGCCGUGGUGCCGGUGGUGAUGUCAGCUUCAAUGUCAGCUCCUUUGGGUGCUUUAUGAUUAUAAAAGUUUUGCAUCUUAAGUGUGAACUUUUUAAUUUGGAGGAAAUAUGGGCAACAAAAGAUGAGCGGUAAUUUCCCUGCUGUAGGUGCCACACCACUGCUGAAUGAAAGCCGAGGCCAAACAUUUGCCGUCAUGUGAAAGAUGAACAAUAUAUUCAUAACAUUUCAAUGAUAUAAAGCGGAGGAAAACUUGCAAUAACUUCCUUUUAUAAUAAAGCUACUAGAAUCGUGAGAUAAUAUCAAUAGGUGGAACAGAAGCCAUAAAGAAAACCGUUUUGCUUUGAAUGCGCUUGUGUGUGUGUGACUUGAAAUAAUAAUUCAAUAAUAAUAAUAUACAAAUGUCUUUUUUGUGUGUUGUCAUCCUGUGUAAAUGUUUUCGUUUUUCAGAAAAUGGCUGCCAUGACACGCAGUUUCUUCUCGUUCUUUGUUUGACAGUACCUCUAUCAUUCUGUCUCAGAAAGCAUUUCAGUGAUUUGUUUGUUUUAACUGCAAUAAACAGAUUUUUAGAAUAAUUAA